AUGCCUAGUCCAACAUCUGCUUCAAGAGCACAGAAAAUCAAAGGGCAGCUAGAGAAAGUUAAGAAUGGAGGAGGGAAUAAAGUAACAGAAAGAUCAGCAUCGUUUCAUGGGAAAGGCUUAGUAGCAAAUCAAGCGAAUCUUCUUAGAAGGCCAAAAACGGAUCCAGAUUUGUUAGCUGGAAUGAGAAAUAAGUCGAAUGGUGGAAUAUUCUCGUCUCCUCAAUCCGAAAAUAUUCCCAAGUUGACUAAGCUGUUACUAAACGUAACAGUACAAAGAAGUUUAGGACCCAUUCAUGUUGUUAUGUCACCUGAUUCAACAGUUGGAGAUCUUAUUACUAUGGUUGUUAAACAAUAUUCCAAAGAAGGAAGAAGACCUUCAUUGUCUACGACCAAUGCUUCUGAUUUCAAUCUACACUACUCGCAGUUCAGCUUAGAAAGUCUGGAUAAAGAGGAGAAACUGAUACAACUAGGGUCAAGAAACUUCUUCUUGUGUCCCAAAAUUAAAAAUGAUGAUGUUGGUUUUGGACCAUUUCUGACAGCUUCGUCUUCAAACCCUUGUUCAAACCAAGCUGAGAGGGUAUCAAACAAGAAAGUUCAACCACCAUGGUGUAGAUUCAUUGAUUUCUUAACGAUUAGUAGUAGUAGUCUUUAG